AUGACUUCGGUACAGGACCUCAGUGCAUGGGACAAGGACGGCAGAGUGUUUCUUUUCACGUCUCUGACGGCGGGGUCGUCACAUAUCAUCACAGCAACAUCGCGUAUAGAGACAAUUCUCAAUGCCAACAGGAUACCGUUCAUGGCCAUUGACACGGCGACCAACGAGCUGGCCCGUCGUCUCUUCGGCCGCCGAUCUGGUGGAAAAAAGCUGCCCGCAUUGGUCAAGGAAGGUUAUGUGAUAGCAGAUCUUGACGAAGUCGAAGAAUGGAACGAGUUUGGCGAAAUCAAAGAGAACAUAGGCGAUGUGCCGCCCAGCUCUUCUGCCCUUCCACCGGGCGGUGAAGCAGUAACCACCCGAGCCACCAUGCACUCCACCACUCAACCUCCUGCCCAGCUGCCCGUCAAGCCUACCACUACCGCCGCUACCAAAUCCGCACAUGAGAAGACCGAGUCUCUGCAAUCGCCCAUGGCCAACCUGUCGAUGAAAGAAGCUGCUUCCCAGGCUGCCACCAUUGGUGCUGCACGCAAAGGUCCUACACCCGGCAUCAACGACACAAAGGUCGCUCCUCUCAAGUUGAGUCUAGCCGAUGCCGACACUCAGCCCGAGACGAUGAACUCGUCAGCCAACACCAAGUCUGAGGGUGUCAAAGUCGCCGAGGAUACCGCUGCCCAGGCUUCGAAGGCAUCAGAGUCACCGGCCGAGCCAUCGUCUGCACCCCUGAGUGCUGUCGAAUCAAACGAUGAACAAUUCGUCACAGUUACGCCCGCAGGUUCUAUACAACAAAAGCACAGAGGAAGCAGUAUCAGCAUUGCGAACCCAGAGGAAAUCAAAGAGUUGGAACAGUCCAGUGCCAUCCCUGAAGCUGACGAGGAGGACGAGGAGCAGCCAAAGACACAAGAUCAGGAAGCAGCUGCUGCUGAGAAAGCUUCUGUCAGCGUUCAAGACUAA